AUGCAUUUGACGUGUCGUAAAACAAAAAUUUUGCUUUGGUUUAUAUUUGGUUCUCUUACGAUACUUACGCUUUAUUAUUUGCAGCUUUUACCGGGAGCUUAUCGUCUCUACAGCAUUUAUGAUACGACGUUUUCAAAUGAACUCUCACUACAUCAAAGUACAGAGAAAGUAAAUGACGCAACUUUGUCAAGACGUUCGAAUGUUCAGUCAGCUUGGACUUGUACGGGUAAUAUGAAUUAUGAAUCUGAAUGGCGAACGAGAACUUGUGCAUUUAAAAACAUUUGUUAUAAUAAAAAGAAAAAAGUAUUUCAGUUUUAUCGUAAGCCAGGCAGUAUUAAAACGCCAAUUUUAUUUGAGCCUAAACUAGGUCAUAUAUAUGAUUUUCAUGUAAAUAAUCAUGGCUUUGUUAAUCUUUAUACGCGCUCUUCUCCUCGCGAAUCGUGGGGACCAACAAUUGUUGAAGAAUGGUUACCGUCCGCUGAUAAAGUACCUUAUUUAGAGCAUGUUCAUGUUUUAUUUACGCAUUGGUAUGCUCCUUUUAAUCCUGGUCAUGUCAUUUGGGAAGACAUAGGAUCUACUUAUUUUGCUAUGGUUCGAUUAGAUGAAUAUGAUAGAAAUGCUGUUCUUCUUGAAUAUCGACGUUUGCCAACGAAAGGGGACUCAUAUUAUCGCAUGUUUCAAAAUAUAAUUCCUGCUUUUGCUGCAAAAGUCGAUGGUCUUCAUAAUUAUAUGAAUAGUUUCAAUUCGCCUCUUGUAUGUUUUCGGACUAUUGUAGCUGGGGGUGCAAUACCAAUGUUUUCUAUUAGCAAUGAAGCAUAUACAAAUGGAAAAGAAAGAAUUCUCUAUGACUAUCGUACUGCUAUCCUAAGACAUCAUGGUGUCAAUAUAUCUCAUUUGCCGUCACGUCAUCGUAUUGUACUAGUCAACAAAACUCACUCAAUACAUCGUACUGUACGUGGAAUUGCAAAUCUUGCCGAAAUUAAACACUUUAUAUCUUCGACAUAUCCAAGGAUACAACUUGAUGUUAUUGACUGGAGUAAAUAUACAUUUACUCAACAGAUGCAUGAACUAUACAAGACAACUAUAUUAAUCACACCGUGUGGUGGUAUCUCAACAAUAAUACCAUUUUUACCUAAAGGAGCGCAUGCAAUCGUUACGGAUUUCUACGUCAGUAAAGAAGCAUAUCGGAAGCCUGCGAGAUAUGGAGUAGGAGAAUCAGCUUCGAUGGAUGGGGGUUUUUUGAAUUAUUUUCCACAUGUUCACAAGCUUUACUAUCAAGUUCGCAGUGCAGACGAUUAUGUUUUAAACUUUCCUGGAGCAUUAAAUACCCGUUAUGAUGCGUCAGUCAAAAUUAAGAUGACUCGACUAAAGGAACUAAUUGACACUGCCUUACAAGUAUCAUCCUUAAUUCAAUAA